AUGGCAACCUCGAGCGAAGUCAGCGAGAAAGGACGAAGUGCGACCAAGCGCUUCAUCGGCGGCGUGGUUGAAGGAUUUUAUGGCCGACCCUGGACCAUGGAGCAGAGAACAGAGCUGUUUAAAAGGGAACAGAAGUGGGGCUUGAACACAUACCUGUACGCUCCGAAGGAUGACUACAAACACCGCAUGUACUGGCGAGAUCUUUACUCCUCUGAGGAGGCAGAGCAACUUGUCACACUGAUAUCAGCAGCUAAGCAGCACAACAUUGACUUCAUCUACGCAAUAUCUCCUGGCUUAGACAUCACCUUUUCCAACAGUAAAGAAGUGGCCGCACUAAAGAGGAAGCUGGAUCAGGUUAGAGAGAUGGGUUGCACAUCCUUCUCAUUACUUUUUGACGAUAUAGAGACUGACAUGUGUCCCGCCGACAAGCAAGCCUUCAGCUCCUUCGCCCACGCGCAGGUGGCCGUCACCAAUGAGGUGUACCAGCAUUUAGGAGAACCAGAGACCUUCCUCUUCUGUCCCACAGAUUAUUGUGCUGCAUUCUGCACCCCAAAUGUGUCACAGUCGUCUUACCUUCACACAGUGGGAGAUGAGCUGCUACCUGGGAUAGACGUGCUAUGGACAGGUCCAAAAGUGGUCUCCCAUAAAAUCUCAGUAGAGUCCAUAGAAGAGGUAUCCUCCAUCUUAAAGAGGGCACCAGUCAUUUGGGACAAUAUCCAUGCCAACGACUAUGACCCGCAAAGAAUUUUCAUGGGACCGUAUAAGGAUCGUCCAACUGAGCUCAUCCCCAAACUGAGAGGAGUGCUCACUAAUCCCAACUGUGAGUUUUAUCCAAAUUUUGUGGCAAUUCAUACUUUAGCCACGUGGUGCAAAGCUCCUGCUGAUGCAACACCCAGGGAUGUGGAAAUGGGUGACGAAGAGCAGGAAUCCUGCUAUAGCCCCCAAAAAGCACUGACAUUGGCCCUGACUGACUGGCUGGAGGAGUUUUUGAGCACAGAUCAGCCUACAGCUUGCUUAAAGAAGGAGUCCUCUGAUGAGGAGCCCAUGCAGACAGACCUCGGAGAACACUCGUAUGUACCCGGACCUGGAGAGAACCCACUUUACACAGCUGAGCCCUUGACCCUGGAUGACCUGAAGUUGCUGUGCGACCUCUUCUACCUGCCCUAUGAACACGGAUCCACAGCUAAAAUGAUGCUGCACGAGCUGAACUGGCUCAAAUGUCAUAGUCAAGCUGCUGCUAUCAAGACAGAACAGACUUCCGAAUGGUGUUCCAGAGCACAGAUAUUCGACGACAUGUGCGAAGCCGUGGUGCGGAUGUUCAAUCGCCUGUCCAAUGCGCCCAACCGGAGCAUUUUGUACGACCUGUACAACUACAUCUGCGAUAUCAAGAGCGGCGUUACUUUGGCUCAAGCUUACGUAAAAUCACUUGGAGGUUUUGGCAAAGCAUCAGCCCAGCUAAUGAAUGCGGAUCCUGAACCAUGGGGAUUCAGAGGAGGCCUCUCAGGAGAGUUUCAGAGAAUGCUGCCUGGCCACGGGAACAGGGACCUCUUCAAAUACUCGCCCAAGACGUCCGUGUACUGCAUACGGCCUUACUGCGCAGAGGAUAAAAUGGACGUGCAGAGAAUUUUUGUCCAAAUGCAAAGAGAAAGACAAAUUAAAGGCUCCUCCACAACGGAGUCCCCUCUAAUUAGUGAUAUACUGUCAACAGGUAAAGUCUUACCAAGCCCACAGUGUGCUCUUGUGCUGGAGGAUGACUUUGGGGUGUGUGGUUAUAUGCUGGCCCUCACAGAUGCCAAGGAAGCUGCCGCCUCAAUUCAGAGAGACACAAGCGACUCUGUAUUUGAGAAGUUCCCGUCAUUAGUCACCGGACAAGUGCUACCGAGGGUCACAGAUCCUUCCCUCGCCAAGCGUAUGAUUGGACAGUUGUUGUCGACCAUCAGGAGCUGUGGUUCCCGAGGCGUAUUCUGCGAGUUGAGACACACCGACCGGAGGAUGCUAGACUUCUUUACUAAAAGUAGCACUUUCCGACCACUAGAAAUGGGCAGUCUACCUCCAGAUGUGAUCGCUAUGGGAACAACUCUUUAA